AUGCUUGGUGUUAUAAAAAGUGUUGGCAAGCCACGCGCUCUUAUUACCGAGAAACUUCACAGAGGGAAGCACGUUUGUUGAAGUUCUCUAUUAUAAAGUAUUAUGUUAAAUAUUAUUUGUAAUCACAGCAUAAUGGAAUCAACAUUUAAAAAGAAAACACGGAGAGGAAAGCGAAGUGGUCGGAAGACGAGAAUUGCAUUGUUUCAGAAUCAGAAAGAAAACCAGGGCAACUGUGAAAAGGGUGCAAACAACAAUGUGAAUGGUAAAUAUUUUGAUUCCCUUGGAAAUGGCUGUGUAACUGUAAACUGUGAUAAUAAUGGCGGCGCACCAAGCAAUGGUAUAGAGAAGCAGUGGGACAGACUCGGAUUCGUUGAGAGCGAUCUUGUUUCAACUGUAGUUCACAAACCAGUUGUUCAUUUUAGAUCUAAUCGUUGUUCAUUUAUCCGACCACGAUACAGUCCUAAAGCUCCACACAAUUCAACUCAGUUUUUAAUGGGAGACCACGAAAGCUUGAUGUGCAGAAAUGACGAUGAUGUUGAAUUUUAUGAACCAUCAUAUCCAGAAAAGGACAAUUUUAUAAAUUAUCAAAUAGAAAAUAAUGAUUUUGAUUUAUCGAAUUACACAAAUGAAUUUUCUACUUCUAACUCAAACGGUAUUGAAGAUUUCGAUUUAUCAGACAAUUUUGAAACACGUAAUUUUGAUGAAGCAGAUUCUGUAAUGUUUAUGUUGAAUGACUUCAAUCAAAUGUACGAUUCAGUCCGGGUUGAACAAUUAUCAAGUUUAUCUAAAUGUGAACUUAUUGAUGCUGUCAAAAAACUUGAAAAUGAAGUGAAUAUAAGAGAAAAUAAACUUAUUCGUACACCAUCCAAAUCAUUAGGACUAACACCCAAAAAAUUAAGUAAUAGAAAAUUGAAUUCUAAUUUAAAAGACUUGUUAAGUGAAUUAGAUCAGUUAAAAUCUGAAAAUUUGAGUAUGAAAAAGGAAAUAGAAGACCUGCAGAAAAUGGAAAUUUAAUAGGAACUGAAUAAAAUAAUGUGACCAAUACCGUCCAGUAUUACAGUGACAGUGUAUCAAUGACACUCCCAGAGAAGGAAUCGGUCUGGUCGGCAGAGCAGCUCUAGAUAAUAGAUGGCAAAAGUCAAAGAUGGCACUGGAUAAUUUUUCAUAAUAAAUCAUAGUUUUAUGUUCCAUAAAUUAUACUUGUCAUGUAGUCUAAAUAAGAUUACAUGAAUCAUAUGUAAACUUCAUUAAUAUUAAAUUAUUUUAUAAAAAAUUAAAAUAUCACAUUUGUAAGAUUUUAUUCAGAAUAAUUGUUAUGAUGAAAUUAUUUUAUUAUUCAUAUUCUAUUUGUUAAAAUUUGAAGAAAAAUGAUCUAAAAUAAUUUAUGAUUAAUCAAAUAAUUUCAUGUAACAAUAUUCAUUUUGUUCAAGUUAAUAUUAUCAGAUUUAU